AUGUUGGACGGUGUAAAAGACGAAAUCUAUGUUGUACUCCAGGACUACAAAGAUGGGAAAAACAUCAACCAGAAUGCUAAGAAGAAGGUGGACAAAUUAUUAUCUACAUAUAAUAAAAGUUUUAUGACUGUUGAAGUAUUGCGGUUCAAGGAUAAAUUGCGAUGGAAAGCGGAAGAGGAGGAACAAAAGGCGGCGUUGAGAAUGAAGGCAGCCUCCGCUUGUACAGUUGAAGAUUUAGAGGGGAUCUCAAACUUAUGCAUGCAAAUACAAAUCUUGUCAUUACUGAAACGUGUGGGCAGAGAAGUUCACGGAUUAGACUCCGAUGAUGAGAACGGGAUCUCGGAACAAUUCGAAGUUGAACUGAAGAACGUUGCCGAUGGUGACAAAUUUGGUGAAUGGAUACUUUCAACGGGCAAGAACGAUUAUAUUAAUUCUCAAUGUAUUCAUAUUGCGCAUUAUUUCUUUGAUAGUCCCGCUUUUUUUGGUAUAUUAGAUCUGUCUGGGGACGACACUGAAGUCAAGGAAUUCUUCACAGACGAGAAAUGGUGCGAGAUGAGAUCUGAUUUCAGUAAAACAGUAACAUUCCAAGGGAUUGACGAGCAGGAGGAAAAGCUUCUGUACAAUCUGUUCGACGACGUCGAAAAGGGUAUCCUGACUUAUCAACAAAAGUUGGUAUAUGACGAAGGAGAAGUCCAAAGCCUCGCAUCAGCGCUAAUAGCAAAUUCAAGCAAGAAACCAACCGACAGGUCUCUCAUUGGUCAAAAGUGUGAAUUUAGAGUUGCAGCUGAUGGGUUUGAGGCUAUUGUUGGACUUAGAUCAGGAGGUUUGCCCGAGGCGUGCAAAGCAAAGAAAUGGGAUGAUAAGGUCGACCUGAUGCUGCCGCAGUCAAACGGACAGUUACUCAUGAUUGAGAAACUUGUGACAACGUUACUGCGAUUACACACAUCGAAAGUAUCCGGAACGAUUUGGCUAUCAAAGCCUCAAGAUUAUAUAGAGACAGGCGCAGUUCAGUCAUUCUUAAUCAAUAUGCGAUUUGCGAAGAAGGACGCAUACGACGAAUACGUGUUAAAAAACAUAUUGAAAGGGAAGAAGGAAU